CCAGAUCAUCGUCGCACACAUUCCUUUCUUCUCCCGUUAGUAUAAUUAAAAGCACCAUCAUCAUGUCGCAAGCAGUGAGUGGUCUUGCCGCUUCCAUCCGCCGAGCUGUCGACAACGAAACGUUUGAUUUAGCCGGCAAGAAUGCUUCCACCAUUGAAAAUGCCGUACAAGACGCCUUUCGUGAAGCGUUUGCGUUACCGGAGACGAUUCGACUCACCUUUGUGACCGGAGCGGGCAAGCUAGCUCGACAGAAAUACGACGACGGUGCCGCCAAAGCGAUCACUUCGCCUUUACGGGAGCUGGGGUACCAAGAGGAUCACGGGGGUGGCGCCGGAACUUUCAAACUCCAACACGAUACGGGGAAGAAUCUUAAAACAGUGGUGGUAUAUCCCCACGUUUCCAAAAGUGGCGGUGAGAGUGAGAACACGACUCAAGUAGCCACAGCGGCCCUGUUGGCGGAAGAUAGUGCGGAAUACAAAAUUGCGUAUUCGUCCGCCAACGUGUUUCAGCGGAUGGUAGAAAGUAAAUGUCCGACUUGGUCACAGAAGAAAGGAUGUGUUGCGGCAGUUGAAACGGUUAAAAGCAUGGUACAAGUGUUAGAAACGAAGCUUUUGACCGGCACGCCCUUGUCGGAGUCUGAGCAAGAUUUCUACGAUGCUGUAUCGAUUACCUCACUGGAAGAGAAGCUGACACUCCUUAAAGAGUUGAUGCACGCGCAAGUCGAUACAGGCAAGAUCACGAGUCGAGAAAAGAUCGAGCUUCUUGCUCAAGUCAACGAUCGUCUCGCAACGCUACGAAAGGAUAUUGUCGAGGCCGAGAGCGAAGGCAAAGCGAAGCGUGUUGACAACUUGAAAAAUGUUCAAACGAAAGCAACCGCGCGAAAAGAAAAACUUGAAAGUAUAUCACCACAAGCCCCUCCGCUUUUAAAGAAUAUACUGGAAAUCAAUAAACUACGAACCGAAAUGGCUCCGCUUCUAGAGAUGGAGGAAAACGCGAAAGGUAGACUUCUGACAUUGAAAGAAUCACAGGCUAUUGGUCGAAAGGACGAGAUUCAAGAAGAGAUUGAAGAUUUGGAGCGUUCAAGCCGCGGAUGGUUCGAAAGUGAUGACGCUUUUGCAACACGAGUGGAAGCAGCCUGCGUUGCGUGGAAAGCUGCAGCAAGGAACAAGAAGCCAACAAAGAAAAAACCGGUAGGUAGCGUAGCUAGUGGAACAGCCUCGGCACCAAAAUGGGUUACUCCUGCUCCAAAAAAAUCUGCGUGGUCCAAAGCCCCCACAAAAAGCAAACCAGCAGGAGGGGGUGUUUUUGCCGCAAUGAUGAUGGACAGCGAUAGCGAUUAAAUGGAGCCAGAGAACUAUAAGCAAAGCUUUAAACGCC